UGCCUUCUUCCCUCUCCCUUCUCUCUUCUUCAUCCUCACUUCUUCUUCACGUCUUCCCCUCUCUCUCUCUUCUUCUUCCCGGGCAGCGGACGGCGCGGGUGGGUGGCGGAGCAGGCGAGCGAGCCGGGUGGGCGAGCUCCGGCGGCGGUGGCUCGGCGUGUGCCGCGGCGGGGAUGAGGAGGCCGGCGGCGGGGUGGCCUUGGCCGGGUGCCUUGGUGGACUUGGUGGGUGGCGCGGUGGCCGGACCUGGGGUGGUGGGCGCCGCGGCGGGGGCCGGGGUGGCGGGGGUGGUCGGCGCGGCGGCGGGCAUCUUCUUGGAGGAGACCGGCGACGUGGUGGUCGGCGCCGCCACGGGGGUGGGCGGAGAUGGCGGAUUUGGGCGGGAGGUCGCCGGCCCGACUCACUCCCCGCCCUCCACGACGCGCUCGCCACCGCCCACAAGGAGCGUGGCAAGCUCAGGCCAGAUUUGGGCAGGAGGUCGCCGGCGACGGCGAGGUCAAUGGAGGAGCCGGUUGCAUGUUCAACGUCGUGCCGGGGCUCGACGGGAAGCCCGGCUCCGUCUCGCUCGAGCUCGGGAGCAAGCCUGGGUGCUUCUUGGUCGCCGGCGCCAGCACGAAGGUGCAGGUUGGUUGCAGGAGCCGCGGCAGCGACGGUUGAGUAUACUGGAGGAGACCGGCGACGGCGAGGUCAAUGGAGGAGGCGGUGGCAUGGGCACCGACGCCCAGCUCAUCUCCGCCGGGCGCCGCAGCCAGGGCCACAGCCGCCGGAGCCGUUCCACCGUCGCUAGAGAGGAGAGGGGAGAGAGAGUUGAAGAGAGGGAGAUGGGGAGAGAAUGAUGAGGAAGAAGGGGGGACUGAGAAUGACAUGUGGGGCCUAUGUGGGCCCUACUAUUUUUUUUAUGUGAAACUGAU